AUGUCUGUACAAAUCCCCUCACAUCAACGCGCAGCAGUCCGUCAAGGAUCUGGCCCAGAUGCAAAGGCUCCUGUCAAGACCGUCCCCGUACCUAAACCAGGCCCAGGCCAAAUUCUCGUUAAGGUAAAUUGGACCGGCCUCUGUGGUUCAGACAAAUCUCUUCUCCACGAUGAAUGGAGUGAUUUCGGCGUCAGUAUGAAGGACGUCACUGACGGCAUCGCCGGCCACGAGGGAGCCGGCCCUGUCGUGGCCGUGGGUGAAGGUAUGGAGAAGCGCUGGAAGAUUGGUGAUCGAGCUGGCGUCAAGUGGAUUGCCAGUACUUGUGGGGAGUGCGAUUUCUGCCGAGUUGGCUCUGAUGAGGUUCAUUGCCCAGGUCAAACAAACAGUGGGUUCUCUGUGCCGGGGACAUUCCAGGAGUAUGUUGUUGCAGAUGGGCGAUAUUCUUCCAGGAUACCUGAUGGUGUUUCUGAUGAAGAGGCUGGACCUAUCAUGUGUGGCGGUGUCACCGCGUAUACUGCUUGUAAAAGAUCGGGAGUCACUCCAGGACAGUGGCUGGUCAUUCCUGGCGCAGGCGGUGGUCUCGGCCAUUUCGCAAUUCAAUAUGCGAAAGCAAUGGGCAUGCGUGUCAUUGCCAUCGACGGUGGCGACGAGAAGCGCGACUUGUGUCUCAAACUCGGCGCCGAGGUAUUCAUUGACUUCAAGACUACCAAAGACAUCGCAACCCAAGUGCUCAAGUUCACUGGGCACGGCGCUCACGGCAUCAUUGUCACAGCUGCGACCCGAGCAGCAUACGAAUCAGCUCCAAACUAUCUCCGUCCAAACGGAACAGUUGUUGCUGUCGGACUUCCUCAGGAUCCUACUGUUCUUGCUGGUGCGCCACCGAUGGUUGUCGCACUGCGAAGGUUGAAGAUUGUGGGGAGUGUCACCGGAAGUCUGAAGGACGUCGAGGAAGCUCUUGACUUUACAGCCAGAGGUCUUGUUCGCCCGAUUCUGUCAAAGGGUAAGCUUGAGGAUCUUGAUGAGUGGGUGCACAAGUUAGCGACUGGCCAGGUUGCAGGCCGUUGUGUUCUUAAGGUUGCAGCAUGA